UUUUAUCUCCUCCCACUCAUUUAUAACCAUCUUUCUCUCUCUCACUCUGAGCCAACAAUCCUAAUUUCAAGGUCCUUAUUGUCUUGAAUUUUAUAUUUAUAGUGCAUUUUUUUUUUGGGUUCUUUUUUUGUCCUAAACGUGAAUCCAUUUUUAUUUUUCUUCAGCAAAUCUGUCUCUCUCUCUCUCUCUUUCUUUGUUUUCAUAGUGACAGAUAAAAAAGAUUGAAAUGGGUCGUGUUAAGCUAGAGAUAAAGAAAAUAGAAAACAAUACAAAUCGACAGGUUACGUUUUCAAAACGUAGAAAUGGCCUCAUUAAAAAAGCUUAUGAGCUUUCUAUUUUAUGUGAUAUCGACAUUGCUCUUAUUAUGUUCUCUCCCUCCGGCCGUCUUAGUCACUUCUCCGGCAAAAAAAGGAUUGAGGACGUGUUUACUCGUUUCAUAAGUCUAUCUGACCAAGAAAGAGACAAUGUUAUAAGUUCCCCAAACAAAGACAGAGAACAUGUUUGCAGUGCGCUUCAAAAUAGAGAUUAUUUGAUCAGGACGCUAGAGCAACUCAGGCGUGAAAAUGAUCUUGCUCUUCAACUAACCAAUCAAGCGGCCAUGAACUCUGAAGUUGAGGAACUUCACCAUGAAAUUUGUAGGUUACAACAACAACUUCAGAUGGCUGAAGAACAAAUAAGGAAUUUUGAGCCUGAUCCACUAAAAAUGGCAUCCAUGGAGGAGAUUGAAUCAUCUGAGAAACAUCUUGAAAACACCUUGGCUUGUGUCAUGGACAGAAAGAAAUAUAUGUUGAGCAACCAUCUAUCUUCUUAUGAUCCGUCUUGUAUGCAGCAGGGAAUGCCAAACACUUUCGAGAAUGAAUUUGUCCACUGGAUACCCGAUAACGGUCAUAACAAUGCCCAAAUUUUUGAUGCAUCUACUUCUUCACUUCCACUCAGGGAUAUUUCUUCCACAAUGUAUGACCCAUUGUUGCAUGGAACCAGCUCAAACAUGGACCAACACGGUGGUGCCAUGGGAGAUUACCAUGUCAACAAUCCAAGAGAUGGAAACCUACAAUCAUGGCACCAUAGUUAUGCCUCAACAGGUCUCCACCCUAAUCACAUGCCGCCAACCCUAUUUUCUCCAAUGCAGCACGGAAUGGAGGGCUCAGAAAUGGCGGCGGUGAUGCCACGUGAACAAUCGGAGAUCACAUCUAACAGCUCACAUGUGCAGCCUGAUAGACAGGCUUCAAAUUAUGAGAACUGA